AUGGAGUUGUCUGUUCCUUCAUCGCGCCCUGUGAAAACCCUAGAUUCUCGCGCCCUUGAAGCCGAAGUUGCGGAAACCCUAGAGCAGCGACAAGUUGAAUCGACUUCUGGUUUGACGAUGAAGGAGAAGGAGCUAAUCUUGAUUGAUCUUCAGCCGUCUCCUGAAAGGAGUGAAUUGGUGCCUCAAUCAAUGAUCAACCCAAAUCCUCCGCAAACAGGAAAUAUGUCUUUGGCGCUGCAAGGUUUGGAUGAAGGCGAUAAUGAAUUGCCUCUGGAGAAAGACAAAAGUGCAAUCGCAACUACUGUUUCCUCUGAAAUACUCCCUGCUACGGUGACCAAAAAUUGUUUUGCAGCGCUGGAAAUGAUAGAAGAGGUGGUGAACGAAGUUGUUAGUGUGGAUGAGGAAGAGUACGUUGAAGAUGUGUAUGCCAAAAACCCUCCUACUCAGCAUGAACUUCAGAAUGAUACUGAGCUAGAUGGUGCCUCCCAAGAGGUACUGAUGCUUGAGAACUUGAGUCCCUUGGAAUCUGGAAAAUGUUCGGACGAUGGUGACAUAGGCAAAGUCUCUAAACCUGUGGAAAUGGAAGAUGUUAACAGGGCGUCUGGUCAGAUGGUGAUGCCGACAACGUUCAUGUAG